GGCGGUCGACUGUAGUGAUGAGAUGAGUGAAGAUGAUCUAAGAUUGAGUGCUCCUCACUGAACACAUAUCGGAUGAUUAUUUGGUGCUCAAUGCCUCCGUCGAGAUCUGCAUUAAGCUGAGGUUCCCGUGACCCUUCGACCCGCGGUGAGGGACGUGAGUCGGACUCAGAACAUGAUGAAUUUCAUUCUUCAAAACUGAAAUUCCAAUGCUCAACGUCGAACGUACUGCGUUUCCUCUAACGGCAGAAGAAUGCGUCUCACAUGCGAAGUGCACAUAGGUUUCCGGAAAAGCGGCAGGCCGGUGAGGAGACUCGGUGCUGCGACGAUCACAAUAAGAUCAAAUCUGAGAGAUUCGCGGGUGUACAAUCUCGUAAUUUCGACGAAUAAACAGAUUGAAUGCGGUCUUUACAAGAAUCUGAAAAUCAACAUCGUGAAACUAUUCACAAGUUGCGUGAAAGAGGGAAAAAUGACGAUUUCAUUCAACGAACCCCCUCACGACGUACUGAUCCGGAAGGCAACCGUGCCUCAAUUGGAGAAGUUUUUGAGCAUACUUCGCGCGAUUGGGAAAGGCGAAGAAAUCUCGACCCGCUUCCUCAAGGAAGCCAAAAUGGAGGCUCCCCCUCCACGUGUGAUGAAGAUUUCGGAACGAAGUCAGUAUCCAGUGCGGGGAUUCCCAUCUAGCCUCGAGAGACUUCACAUCAACUGCAUCAAAUUGAGUCGGAUACAGAAAAGUAUUCUCGAUCUAAGCAACUUGGUGGAGCUUUGCCUCGACGAUAACUCCCUGAAAGCGAUACCCGCGGAGAUCUCCAAUACGAGACUGGUCAGUCUAUCCUUGGCGAACAACGAUCUCACCGAAGUGAACGACAUCUUCCUCGGACCUCUCGGACGAACCAUCAAGGAUUUGAAUCUUAGCAACAAUCGUAUCCGACGUCUAACGUAUUCGAUAGCCCGGCCGAAAUUCAGAUCGCUUGACCUCUCUCACAACGAUCUUCAUGAGCUCCCGACUUUCUUCCAAGGUGGUCCCGAACUCAAGUUACUCCGCCUAGAAGGGACAAACGUGCGUCAUCUGCCGUCGUCGUUCAUGGCGAAGACCGCCAAGGUUGUAAUGGCAGGAACGCAUAGUUCUGAAUUGAUUGUUAAGUUUGAUCGCUCAGCGAAUUGCCCGAAAUUGUUGGACCUUUGCUGUAUCCGCAUACAUCAGACUUCCGCUGUGGUGGAUCUUCCUUUCGAGUUAGUGAUGCCAAGAGCUGUACAUGCGUACCUUUUAUCUUUCGUCCGCUGUCGCGUGUGCGGUCGCUUCACAUUCCCGUCCGCGAAUCGCAGAAGCAUUGCUAUCGUUGCGUAUUUGGACUUGAUGAAUUCGUUCGAGUCACUCGCUGGAGACGGAAGUUCUGUCGGAACUCGACUAGACUACCUGUGUUCGGAGGGUUGCUUCGAUUAUUACAAACGCCGGCACGACCAUACAUGA